UUUUAUCUGUAUCAAUUAUAUUAUCUUUAUAUUCAGUAGUAUAUAUCGGUGCUCACAUAUAGCGUGUGGAAGGCCCAAUUUCCCGGCAAAAUGGCGGACCUCCAAAAGUUCAUAUCCGACAAGCUUCAAGAGACAAUACACAACGCGGACGUAAUGGGGAUGCUUCAGAAGCUGCUAGAAUCGUUCCAAGGCGAAGAGUCUGAAGGUCUCAAGGCGCAGUUGAAGGAGAUAAUGGAGCAAUACGAAGAAAUGGCUGAUUCGGAGAAGGAAAUGUUUUUGACAUAUAUCAAAGAACUGUUGGCGCGAAAGUUGGCUACGCAUUUCCAGAACAAUCCACCGGAUCUAUCAAAGGUGGAGGAUGUUCUGGCAGGAGCAGUGCGCGAUCAGAUGAUAUUUCUCGCGGUGGUGGUUUUAAUUGUCAUCGGAGUUGUUGUCUUCUUUGGAUAUAAACUAUACAAGUCGAUAAAAGAAAAAGAGAUGAAGAAAGAAGAGAAGAAGAAACAGAAGCAGUCGAAAAAGAAGAAAUGAAUAUUGUAAAGUGUUUGAGAUAAUAUAUAAUAGUUUUAAGUUUCAUUAAAUUGUUUCAGAGUCCAUAAUUAAAAGUAUAUCAUCUUAAUCUAUUAUUAAUUAAAUUUAGAGGACGUAACCACUCAGUGUUGCCCUUACUGUAAAAGAGUAUCAUAA